GUGAUGUCCAAUGGCGUGUUGAGCAUACUGCAGAUCUCUUAACAUUAUUGAUAGUGUUCACUGUGCCUGUCUUCCGACCAGCAGUCUUUUAACGAUCAGGGCUACCAGCGCAGGUUCAUGUAUGUGUGCUUUGUCAAUGAAUCUCGACUCUUUGUCUCGUCAAAGGGCGUGUUUCCCUCGGCUGUCGGUCUGUUUGUGGGCCUACUACACUACAGGAUUGCUCCAGUUGAGCUAGCUCCAGUGUCUCCUCCUGACCUGUGAGUGCUGACCCCCUGUUCACCGGAGUGCUUACUGCAGCCAGAGCCAGCGGGAUGGAGGAGGAGGCCAGGUGCUUCCUGGGGAGGUUUGUGGAGGAGUUCCCUGCUGCUCUGGAGGAAGGCAGUCCACUGCCUGUCAGCCCUUUGAGUCGAAAAGUGUCUCUGGAGGAGCUGCAUGGAGAGAGCCUGGAGCUCGGCCUGAAGCUACUGGCUGCCAGGGGUGCUCCUGCAGGCCUCAGUGCCCUGCUGUGCCAGGCAGCGCUGUCCCAACUGCUGCAGAACGACCUCUCACCUUUUCACUGCUCCCAGGAAGCUGACAGCCAGGAAGAGGAACAGCAAGUAGUCUUGCUUCAGUCAGAGGCGGUCCAACGUCUCUUCAUCAACAAGCUGAUAGAUGUGGCGCUGGCAUGGCAUCAAAACUUCCCUAAGCCCCCUCCCUCUCCCUCCCAGUUCCUCCGCUGCUCUGUCCAUGCCAUCAAGAACACCAGGAGAAAGAUGGAGGACAAACACGUAACCCUGGCUGAGUUCAACCAGCUCUUUGGAAUCCAGGACGGAGUGGAGCGUGCCUACUACGCUGUGUUUGACGGCCAUGGAGGGGUGGAUGCUGCCAUCUAUGCUGCCACUCACCUCCAUGUUGCUCUGAGUAAACAGGAGACACUACAGAGAGAUGCAGCCACAGCCCUUAAAAGUGCCUUCAAAUACACUGAUGACAUUUUCAGAGGCAAAGCCAAGAGAGAGCGUCUGCGGAGUGGCACUACAGGCGUGGCAGUGCUAAUCCAGGGACAGGAGCUGACUGUGGCCUGGCUGGGAGACUCUCAAGCAAUACUGGUCAAAAAGGGACAGGCUGUUACACUCAUGGACCCCCAUAAACCAGACAGAGAGGAUGAGAAACAGAGAAUUGAGGAUCUUGGUGGCUGUAUCACCUUCAUGGGUUGCUGGCGUGUUAAUGGCACAUACGCUGUAUCCAGAGCUAUAGGUGACUUUGACCAGAAGCCCUACGUGUCUGGAGAUGCCGACUGCUCAACAACCCAGCUGUCCGGGGACGAGGACUACGUGCUGCUAGCAUGUGACGGCUUCUUUGAUGCUGUAAAACCUUCAGAGGUCCCACACAUGGUCCUGGAUGCACUCCAGCAGUCUGGUGACCCUGAGGGUGGGGAAGAUGCUCCGCUGGAACAGUCUGAGGACACUGUUGGACUGAGAGUUGCUCAACAGUUGGUAGGUCAAGCUAAAGCAGCUGGUUCUACUGAUAACAUCACAGUGAUGCUGGUGUUCCUGCGUCCACCCCAGCAGCUGCUUGCUCAAAACUCUACCACAGUACCUGCAAAAGCUAUUCAGGACUCUACCUCCCAAGAUGCACCACAGCAGUGAAGAAGGAGGUCUGCAGCCCAGACACCCCUGUGCCAAGCUACUGCCCAACUCAGCAUUUCUCAGCCUAUAAUUGGCUCCAGCAGCUGUCAGACAGACUGACAACACAAAGAUUUGAAAAGGUUUGUAAGAACAUGCAGGGCCAGAUAUCUGUGUUCCCAAAGCAACAAUGAGCUGUGGGACCUAAAAAUGUUUCUUGAUUCCAGACACCAACCAGCAUCCCUACAUUGGAAUACUCGCCGCCCCAGGUCUGCUGUGUGUCAAUUGGCUUGCUUUUAGUUAAAAAUUACUUAAUUAAACAUCAAAGUAUUUUAAAAGGAUAUGCACCAUUUGAGCAUCAAAUCAACUUUUUGUGUAUGUAAUUGCGUGUAUAUAAAAGCUAUUUCUCCUAAGUCAUUUCAACGGUGCCUUUACCAGUCAUGAUUAUGAAAUGCCUCGGAAAGCCCUCAUUCUGUUCUGCGCUGCAGAUACCUUCAGGAGGGACAUGAGGGAAAUGGAUCCUUUAAUCCUUUUAGUAGCUAAUGUCAACUUCAGUCUAUACAUUGCCUGUCAGCCUUCAACAACUGCUAUCAGUUGAUCUCUAAUGCCAAGCAGUAUGACUGUUAAAGGUAUUGUGCACUGUGCACCAUGCACCAUGCAUAGAAUGACUUGAAUUAAUGGAAUGCGUCACCCACAAAAUGACCAUUUGUAUAUCAAUUACUCAUUGCGUGUUCUCUAAAUUCAUGAAGAAAACUUUGAUUUUAUUGCAUGUCUCCAUGGUGAGCGGAGAAUCCAAAAAAGAUGAACAUCCUUCAUGAAUUUAAGUGAUCCACAUUUAACAGUAGCAAAACUAUAUCAAAACAUCACUUUUCAAACUUUCACAUAACUCGGUCAGUAUAAUCAAAGUGUCCUUUAUCCAGCCAUAUGCUCUGUACUUCCCAAACACAUGCAUUUCUCUUGCAUGACUCCAGAGUGAACGGAGAACCCGAAACAAAAAUAAACAAGCCACGUUUGUAUCAUGUCAGUUCAGACAGUCUAGUGCAUGCCUGAGUAGCUUGCCUGGCAACACGCAUACGUUUGAAAUCUGCUCUAGCAGAGCUCAUACCCAUGCUUAUGCUCAGGCACACUAGGGGCACACUGCUUGUAGACGAAAGUGUUAUAUUUUGUAACAGCUUAGUAAAAAUGCAUGUGUUUGGGAAGCACUGAGCUUACAGCUGGAUAUACAGUAUGGGAGUUGGAUUAUAUUGCACAGAUGGAUGUUGUGAUAUGGUUUUGCUGUUGUUAAAUGCUGCCCCCAAUGACUUCAGUUCAUGCGAGAAAAACAGUUUUCCAUACAAAUCAAGGUAACGCAGGGUAAGUAACUAACGUACAAACGGUCAUUUUUCGGUUGAAUUAUUCCUUUGAAUCAGUAAGUUUUGCUGUAUUUUUGGAGGAUUAGGAAACUGAUGUAGUUUGUUUUGAAUCUCUGAAGUACAGGACCAGCUAUUUCUGGGCUUCAUCCUAGAAGAACCGAUGGCAAAGGGAUCACAGAGAGGAAUAGUUAGUGCUUUUGUUUUGAAGGAGCUCUGGUGUUACAAAACUAACUGCAUAAGCUUAGCAUGCUGAUGUAAGGGAGUAUUGAUGUGGAACAUGUUGCUUGAUUUACUGGACAACAAACCGAUAGUAUUUCUGACUGCUAUGUUUUGCUUUGGUUUUAUGUCUUUAAAGAUAAACUAUGCAGGGUCUGUCUGUUACUGUUUGUAAAGACAACAUUAGAGCUUGGCCCCUCCUCUAUACACUGCUUGUACAUACACUGUGAGCUGCUGUACGAUUGUAGCAGCAUUACAUUUGUUGUAAUGCAAAAGGCGAUACUUAAGCAAACUAUGUAAGAUGAGCACCAGCACCUGUUCAACAGACGACAAGCAAACUCCAUGCUGCUCUUCUUCACCAGGCUCUCCGUCAGUGCUUGCCAGCAUAAGUAAAUGUGAAAGCCAACCCCAUAAAAUUCUAAUGGCUGCCUUUUUAAAAUAGCGUUCCCACGAAUUCUUAAAAAGUCAUUGAAUUCAGUAAUCUAAAAUGAAGGCCUUGAUUGGUAUUAAAAUGUCUUAAAUCAGUCUUUCAAAAGUCUUAAAAAUGCAACAAAAAAAAAUUAAACUCUGCACGAUGGAAAUCACGGAAGUGGAAUGCCACAUGUUGAGUGAGAGACAUAAAAAAAUGCCAAGAAAACCAGAUAUUUCUCAAUUCUGUCCUACCUCAGUCUCCGCCAUAAGACAAAAAGUCAUGUUUUAUGUUACAACAAAGAUUCGGGCAAUCCUAAUUGAUGUUUGUUCAUGUUUUCUAAUAUUUCAGUCAUUUUAAAAUUGGUCUUAAAGUCAUUUCAACUGACAUUAAAAAGUUUUUGAAAGUCUUAAAUCUUACUUGCCUUGAGCUGUCUGAACCCUGGAUAACGUCCCAACCUCACCUGUGUGCUGUUAUUGGCUGGGGGCUACACACCCAAAGCCCAAAGCUUGCAGCCCAGAAUUGUGCCAACCAUCAUGAAUGGAAGAAAAUCCAGGCAGAAGGCAGUCUCUGCAGAUAAAUACACUUCUAGUGGGUCGAAAGUGAUGAUUGAGAAGGAUCACUUUGGUAUGACUACACAUAGUUUUUAUUUUUUUUUAAGAGAUCCUGCAUAGUAUACCUUUAAUUAACAGUUCUUAAUAAUGUCUUAUUGAGAACAUUAAUAUGGAUAUUUCUAUGUUAAUGACUUUGAGAUGUAAUAUUCUGUAUCACUGACAAGAUGCUGUGCUGUUUUCUAAAAUAUUUAAUAUCAGCAGCUGAAUAAAAGCAAUGAGAAUUAAAAAGGAAAAGAAUAUGUGUGAUAAUAUUUAAAGCCAGUGAAUGAGCCAGUGAAGAAAUGUGUGUUUGCAUGGGUUGAGAUAUUAAGUAUGUGCACAUAACAAAAAUACUAUAAAAUCUUACUUAUGUUUGGUAUGUCAGUAUGUCUUUGGACUUUAAGGA